UGGUUCUUGCCAGAUUGCUACCAUCAUCUGCUGGCCUCGUUUUUGAUAUAUGUACCGAAAAGCACAUUAAUCCAUGGGAGGUUUGCUUGAUAUACAUGAUGAAUCCAAACGACGUUGGAGUCUCAAAAGACUUCCUUGGUUAUGUAAACACCAUCAAAAGGAUGAGGCCCUCUUCGAAUGCUUUGGAUGACACCACUGUUGCGAUGACGCUACUUUACUGCGCUCUUAAAGAAACCAGUGCAAAAAGCAACAUCAAAAUGCGUUACUGUGGCUGCGGAGUCGCGCGGGAAGGUUCUCAUUGGUUACCCUGGAAGGAGAAAGGCUUUAUUGAUAACGUCUUAAUGAAUGCUGUGAAUUCAAAUGAUUGUGGAAUAGUUUGUCGGAUGUUCGAGCUAUGUCGAAAAUAUGGGUACUGGGUUGGUUGCAUCAAAGUGCUACGUCAUCUUGGACAACACAAGCAAGUGUUUGAAGUCAUGAGCCAGCUGGGAGACUUUCGGCUUUUGGACGAUUACGUCAAAGCCGAGACAUUCAGCAUACAAGAUGAUGACCUUAAGCACCUUUGCAAUUUGAAGUACCACAUAAGAGACGGUCCACACAAAUGCAGACCAGCUGUUCCGGAUUUUACACGAACCAUAACUGAUGAAUCACUUGCAAGGCUUCUUGUAAGGGAACUGGGCCCUAAAGAAGCACUAAAGAUGUUGAAUUAUUUUAAAGAAGAAUUUGUUCCUUCAAGUCAAUUUUAUUACGCAUGUUUACAGAUAUCCGAAAAAGAGCUGGAGCAAAGGCAACUUAUAUUGAAAAUGAUGGAAAGCCUGAAUAGCCUUUCUUUCAACGAAAACAAAUCGAUGCUUCAAACACAGAUUGAGGAAUUGAAGAACAGAGAACUUAGUGGUGAUUUGCCCAGUGAUGAGGCAUUGGUUAUGGAAGAUUCGUAUUCGACGGAUUUGCAAAGCUCUAACCAUUGGGGAGUCAGCCUAAAUAUCUCGAGUUCGCAUUGCCCAAGCUGUACCCUACCACUGUGUAUUCAUGGAGCAUCUACUAAUGCUGGUUUGGUUGUUUUCGACUGUGGCCACACGUUCCACAAGCAAUGUAUUCCUGAAGAAUCUUGCAUCAUAUGUUACUAUAAACUUGACAAGUUUAUCCAAUAGUUAUUAUUUUAUUUCAGUCUAAUAAUUUUUCUUCUUGACUUUAGUUAAGGCAUAAUUUUAAAUUCAAAUGUAAUAUAUACAAGUUCUCACAAAGAAGACACAACAUGACAUUCAAACAGAAGAUGUGUGGAUCAUUUAUGCUAUGAUUUUGCGGAAAGAUUUCCUUAAAGAAUUGCCUGUCGGCAAAAAGCGACGCUUGCAUUUUAAAAUAACAGUUGUUUAUAUUACAACGACGUUUCGUCUCUAAUUUUUUUACUUUAAAUGCUUUCAGCAAUCGUGUUACAUGCUGAGGCGGGUCACUUUGAACUCGUCAAUCCUCUACGAUUCGUUUAAGUGAAAAUCUCAAAUUACACAUUAUGAUUCGAUCAGGUUAAACUGACCUGCCUCACCAUAGAAUAGCAUGACAUCGCCCGACGGAGGAGCAUGCCAGUUACAUCUGUUAAGCGUUCUGUCUGCUGACAGCGCAUAUUUUUUGCUACCGCUGACCAUUAUGCGUACAACUAUAAAGCAGAUCCUACAGAUAUUUGCCUGUCGUAUCUGUAAUCAUUGUUUUCAUUGUAAGCAAGAUUCGUUAACUGAAUUUCAAAUUUUUGAUAAUUUUGCCAUUUUUCAUGUUAAAAGUCAGUUUUUUUGAUUAUCAAAAAUACUUUUGUUGUAAAAAGAAAUUUACUGUUGAAUUAAUAUUUGUAAUGAUGCAUUUUAGAGUUAGCUUGAGUUCCAAGAAUGUCAUAGAUUUAAUUUUAACGUUCUGAUGUUUCAAAAGCAUGUCACUGCUUCAUGCUUCAUGCUAUGAACGGUCUAUGUGAAUCGAGUAUUUCAGUAAAAAAGAAAUAAGUUCAUCACUAUUUUUAUAGAGAUAAUUAUAACCAACACUGCUGCGUUUGUAAAUUUCAGAAAUUCUGAAAUCUCUCAGUGUCCAUUGAUAGUCAGUUGUUAAUCACCGCAUAAUUUUUUUUGCAGAAAUAUAUUUUAAUUUGUUCCAACAUGA